AUACCAUAAAGAAUUAACCAAUUAUAUUCGAAUAUUCUUCUCAUAUUCGAUUAUAAUUAGUCAAUUUCUUGUGGCAUAAAGCUUACUACAAAUGAUUUGAAACAUCAAGGCUACGUUCAGAAAACACAACCGUUGCACAAUAGCUGAGUAAUGCUAAAACUCCAUGUCUGCGGUGAGCUCCGGCAAACGCAUGCGGUGACCAAUCAGCAAUCAGGCGCAGGUCGGGUUCCGGCAAGUCACAGCAAGCGUUUGAAUUCUGAUUGGUCACCGCGUGCGUUUGCCGGAGCUCAUCGCAUACAUGGAGUCUUAGCAUAAUUCACUAAUAUAAUUGGUCUAAAUUUAUAGCGAAUUCGGUUGCUUGCACUAGUGCGCACUGAGUGUAUAUUAAGGCUUGUUUAUAGUCAAUUUUUAUAUUUAAGAAUCAUCUUAAAUUCUUCUUAAAAUACUUCUUAACCAGUAAAAUAAUUUAUACAACAUUCAUAGAAUUAAUUUUUUGGUUAAAUAGUUUUUGAACAUGUAUUCUUAAAUAUAAGAAUACUGAUGUAAAGUAUGUAAACAAGCCUUAGUACGUCUAGUGCAAGUAACCGAAUUCGCUAUUAGAGAUUUAACAGUAAGGACCAAUAAUCACUGACCGCUCACUGAUCACUUGUGUUUUCUGAACGUAACCAUUCUUUUAUUGGUCAAUUCAUAAAAUUCUUGAUUCUAAUUGGUCGAUUAAAUAGAUUUUUAGCGUCAAGUGAAUUACAAAUAAUCAUACCCUUUGACUUAUAGGGGAUGCUGAACCUGUCCUGUUUUACCAAUUAUUUUGUGAUUAUUUCCAAUUUAUUAAUCCUUUAAUUGUAAUUACAGAAUUAAAAAUCCUUCUCCACAAUUAAAGUACAGACGAUAACAUAAUGCGCACGUAAAAAUUUUAUACAAAAACGAAAAAAAAUUUUAAUUUGAUUUACAAAUAGUACUUAUAUAUAAUAGUCAAAGAUUACACCUAUGAAUCUUCUUAUUAUUCUUAUAAUAUAUAUCCCUUUUCUAUAUUUCUUUUUAAAUAAAAGUAGAUAAUUUUGGUAUCUGUCAGAUAAAAAGCUAGCUUUUUAAUAAAUUGAAACAAUUGACCUUUUGCGGAAUAAUUUAAUGUUUAUUUUCUAACUUAAUUUUUAAAAUUAUUUUUAAAUUAAUUUUAUUUAUUAUUUUAUAUUUUCGAAAAAUUUUUUUAAAUAAAAAGCAAACAGAAAAAGAAUACAUAUUUAUCCUACGGAGUUAACAUACUGUGAUUUUGAAAUGUUUUUUUACUUGGAUUCAAAAGACGUAUAAGUCGUAUAAUAAUAUGCUACACGAUUAUAUACAGUGACAUAUGUGUGGUAUGUUGACUGUGAGUGGAGUCGACUCAUGUUGACUCUAGUUGAUUCACGUGGUGAGAGAAAAAAAAGGUUAUUAGAUAAGUUGAUAGUAUGUAGCAACUUUUAUUAAUAUAAUAUAUGGUAAUUCCAAUAACACUUAAGUGUUUUCUUUAUUUAGAGAUUGUAUUAAUUUUACUUUAGUACUUAAAUUAGCUUAUAUUUUCUUUUCGUAAUAACAUAACCUUUCCUGUAAACACGUGCGAGGUUUUCAGCGUAUAAUUCUCAUAGGGAAUCUCAAAGGGAAGUAGAAGGCGCAUAAAAUCUAGGAGCUAGUAGGUACACUUUAAAAAGGAAAAAAGAAAAAAAGAAGUGAGAUUUCUGCACUAUAUAACUUGAAAGGAGAGCUUAUCUUAAACCAUCAGCGAGACGCAACACAGAAAAUGUACAGAAUUUCAGAAUAAGAGAAUUUAUAUGUAGCGGGAAUGUAUAUAACCUGAUCCGAAGAGAGAAGAGUGAAAAUUAAGCAGAUUGGAGAUGGUUUGAUCUACUAUCUUGCGGAAACUUACUAAAAAGAAAAAAGAAAAGACAAGUGUGAAGAAAAUUUGACGCAUCGUUAAUUUAUUGAGAAGAAAUCAUGAGGAAUCUCGUUGUCAACGAGAAAAAUUGUAGAAACGUCUACAAUGUAUUUAAAAACAUAGAAACAAAUCAAAAACUCUCAGAAUGUGUAAUAUGUACUGUCAGUUUAAAUAAUAAUGACACAUACAUAUUAUUUGAUGGUCAUCUCUAUGUAGUAACAGUUGAAAGUGAUAAUAUUAUUGAUAUAGAUAUUGGUCAAUAUUCCUCUUCCAAAAUAAUUGCAAUGGAGUAUUGCAUCACUCUGCAGGAAUUGUACUGUGCCUAUGAAUCAGGCGACAUUGCCUCAAUCAACCUAAUGGAUCCAACUAGUGUUGAUUAUAAAGUAAUAGCAACAUUCAACGAAGGCUUGCAGUGUAUGAAAUUUAGUCCAGAUCAUGAAUUAAUUGCUAUUGUAUCAAGCGAAGGAAUUUUAAACACUAUGGUAUUAGAUUGUCAAAUAUUAUCAGAGGCAUAUUUAUAUUCAGAUGAGUUUGGGCAGAAUCAAUUUGUUACUGCUGGUUGGGGUAAGAAGGAAACUCAAUUUCAUGGUUCAGAGGGUAAAGCAGCAGCUCAAGCUAAACCAGAACAAUUAAUCCCGAACGAAGAUGAUGACGGUCGUAUUCACAUUACUUGGCGCGAAGACGGUGCUUUAUUCGCCAUCAGUUUUCUACACAAAGAAAUGAAAAUUCGGCAAGUUAAAAUAUUCGGCCGAGCAGGUAUUCUAUACUGGACCAGUGAACAAAUCAAUGGAUUGGAGGCAUGUUUGGCUUGGAAGUCAUUUUCAAAUUUGAUUGCUGUAACUCAGAUAUUGAAGGAUAAAUAUGAAGUUGCAUUUUUCGAGAAAAACGGCCUUAAAUACUCGGAACUGUUGCUCCCUUUUAAAUCGCAAGAAAUGAAAGUGAAAGAUCUGCUUUGGUCACCGUGUUCAGAUGUUUUGGCUAUUGUUUGUCACGAAUCAAAACGUUUGUCAAAAACGAAUAAUAUGCUAAUACAAUUAUGGACUGAGAAUAAUUGUCACUGGUAUCUUAAACAAACUCUUACCUUUUCUAUGGAGAAUCCACUGUUAUAUGCAACAUGGAGUAAUACAGUAGAUCCUAAUAAAAAGGAAUUGAUUUACAUGACAACAAACGAACUUACUUUCUGCUCGUUUAAUUGGUAUGUGAAUCAUAGUAGGGGCAAAACUGUGGAUGAUAAAGCAGUGGUUGGGGUCAUUGAUGGAGACAAAAUCUUAGUUACCAGUUUUAGAAUAGGAAUUAUUCCGCCGCCAAUGGCGCACGACUCUAUAAAAACUGACGAAGCGCAAAAUGCAAUUAUCUUUGCACCAAAUAUUGAUAAUAAAAUAUCUUCGAUAAGCAGUAAUGAAUUUUGUACAGCUUCAUGUACUAAUAAGUUGACGUUUUUCCAGCUGGCAGAGGAUUUCUCAACAUACCAUAUUGCAAACUUGUGUAGCAUUGAUUUUAGUAUACUAAACCGUACUGAAGAUUUAAGUAUUAAAGACAAUCUAUAUUACUACAUGCAUCAUUUUUUAUGGUUCACAAAAGAUAUUAUGUUGUUUUCUAUAAUUACUGAGAAACAUAAUCUUUUGUGUGUUUUAUCUCUAGAUAAAACAAAUUCUGAAAAUAGUUUACCAAUACAGAAGGUGCAUGUUUUGGAUUAUCCAAUAGAACAUAUAAUUUCUUCUUCCGAUGGAAAUACAGUUUACAUAAAAACAAAGGAAUACAUAUUUAAGUAUACACGAGAUGGACAAUUUGAACAAACAAAUAUGAUAUUGAACAAAUUGUGCGUUCAAAUGGAAGUUACAAAAAUUAAUUCGAAAGACGUUAUCUUUGCUUUGUCUUCCGAAUAUAAGUUUUUGAUUGACGGAAAAGAAAUUGCUAAGAAUAUUACAGGUUUUUAUAUACAUAAUGAUUUCUUGCUUCUUACAACACUGCAACAUACAUUGAUUUGUGUUCCAUUGAACGAAGUUGGUAUGCAGCAGCUAAGUAAACAUGAUUUAACUUUGAAGCCCUGGUUAAUGGAGGUGAACGAGAAGUCACUUAGACAUAUCUAUAUCAGGCGACUGGAAAAAGAUUCUCGUAUAAUAGUGGCGGUAUCAAAUGAUUCGAGAACAAUUUUACAGAUGCCUAGAGGAAAUCUAGAAUGCAUACAGCCAAGAGCAUUAUCUUUAAAUAUACUAAAAUAUCAUCUUGAUAACUGUAAUUAUGUGAUUGCGCUUGACAUUAUGACUAAACAACGUAUAAACUUAAAUUUAAUAUACGAUCACAAUCCACAAUUAUUUUUGGAUAAUGUGAACAAGUUCGUAGAAGAUAUUAUAGAACAUAAUAAAAUUAAUUGGUUGAAUCUGUUUUUGUCAGAAUUACAAAAUGAAGAUGUCAUCGAGACAAUGUACGCGAAUUGUUAUACAGAUCGUGAUAUAAAAUUUGACACUGGAAGUAACAAAACUACAGUUAAUAAGAUAGACGAGGUCUGUAAAUUACUAAGAUGUGUCAUGGAGAAACAUGAAGAAGCAAAUAAUUUAACACAACCAAUAUUGAUAAGUUUGGUGAAAAAUCAACAAAGACAAGGAUUUGAAAAUGCACUUACUAGAAUCAAACAAAUCAAAAUGGAAGAUGCAAAAAAAAUAGUGCUACGUAGUUCUUCCGUAUCUGCCCACGAAGCACUGAAAUACUUAUUCCAUUUCGUAAACAUUGAAACACUAUAUGAUAUUGCAUUAGGCAUGUAUGAUCUCGAAUUUGCACUGUUUAUAGCCUCGAAAUCGUCGAAAGACCCAAAAGAAUAUAUUCCAUUUCUGAAUAAUUUGAACAAAUUAGAAGAAAAUUAUAUGAAGUAUUCUAUUAAUGUAUACCUUAAACGUUAUGAAUUGGCUUUAGAAUUUAUAUCUAAAGAUUUAACUAAGUUUGAGGAAUGCUUAGAUUUUAUACGUAGUCAGAAAUUGUAUAAGAAAGCAUUGAAAUUGUUUGGGAAAAAUACUGAAGAGCAUAGAAAAGUGGCUGGAGUUUAUGGAGAAUUUUUAUUAAAUGAAGGAAACUACCAAAUGGCCGGUACUAUGUUUUAUAGAAGUGGUGACCUUAAUAAAGCUUUAAAAACAUUUAGUAUAUCAAGUAAUAAUUGGGAAGAUAUAAUCGCUAUAUCAAAAGAAAUGAAAUUAAGUGCAAUAGAUUUACAUGAACUUUAUAAGGGACUUGUUAAAAAUUUGAAGGCAGAGCGGAAGUAUGAACCUGCAGCUAUCAUAUUGAAAGAAUAUCUAAAUGACGUCGAAGAAGCAGUUGCACUCUUAUGCGAGGGAAGAAUGUGGAAACACGCAAUACGGAUAGCGCUUGAUGUUCAGCGUUCAGAUCUGAAUGAAACACAUAUUAUUCCUGGAGUGAAAGAGCAUGCAGAACAUGUAAUUUUACAAUUAAAUAAAACGAAAGAAGAUUUCCUUAGAUAUAAAUCACGUCUUGCUGUAGUGAGAAAAGAAAUGAAAGAAGCACAAUUACCUCGUGAAGAAACUUAUGAUGAAUCAGAAAUUAAUAAAGAAAUUCCGGAUUCCAUUAGUGACAUCAGCAGUAUUGCAGAUUCUACUUCAAGUCGAAUAUCACGAAUAUCUAUAUCUUCUGGCAAAAGUUAUCGAUCAAGUAAGAAUCGUAGAAAACAAGUGAGAAAACUGCUCAGUUUAAAGGAAGGCAGCACGUUUGAAGAUAUAAGUCUGAUACAUGCCCUUUACCAAAUCAUGAUUAAUACGUAUAAAGAUGGAGACGAAUGGUACAAAUUAGUACAGGUGCUUUAUCGAUUUAAAUUCGAUGAAAGCGCAGAAAAGAUCAUAAUUGAAGGAAAGGAAUGCCUUCAAUUAAUGGAAAGUAAAAAAUCUGAAAUUUGGGACAAAACUCCUACAAGUUUAGAUUUACUUAUGGAAAAACAAAAUAUGACAACAGCACAAUUUCAAGAGAUUAUUGCGUCCAUUAAACCAAUAGAACACUGUAUAAAGACUCCACCUCCAAUUGAGCCACCAUUUUUGCCUAAUUAUUUUUAAACUUUCUUUUUAAAUAAAUGUAAUAUAAAUCUGUUAAAUAUCUUUUAGACACUGCGUAAAUUGGUGUAAAUGUGUAAAUAUUUUACACAUAUAAUAAAUACACGAUAUUAAUACAGAUAAA